AUGUCGGGAUCGACGGCGCCAGCACUGGUCUCAUCAAUAUCCGACUUAAUACAGUAUAAUGUCUCUGAUAGUUCUCCGGUAGAUCCUAAUGCAAAAAUGGGUUACCAAGAACGCUUUAUCCAUAGCGAAAUUUACAAGAGAUUUCCAGACAUUAAUUGCGUCGUCCACAGUCAUGCCGAAGCCGUAGUACCUUACACAAUGAAUGGAGUUCAGAUGCGUCCGACAUAUCACUUGGCUGGGUUUUUAGGUGAUUAUGUACCAAAUUUUGAUAUCACGGAGCUAUACACCCCGAUCGAUCGACAAGACUUCCUGGUCAAUUCUGAAAGGUUUGGCGCUGCUUUGGCCGGGAAUUUCUCCAAGCCGAAAUCAACUACUCAAGACUACAACGUUGUCCUGAUGGCCAAUCACGGUUUCACAACCCUAGGGUCCAGUAUCAGGCAAGCUAUAUACCGUGCCGUUUAUACCCAUGUCAACGCGUGUCUACAAGCAAAUGCUCUUAUGCUCAGGAAUGCCGAGGAAAGAAUUUCUGAGCUGGGUCCCAUAAGAUUUUUGAACGCCGAACAAGCUUCUGGAUCAGAAAAUUUGAACGACGAAUCAGCUGGAAGACCUUGGCAGUUAUGGGUACGAGAAGUGGAGGUAUGUCCUUUGUACCAGAAUGAAGCUACAAAGAUAGAUCCAUCAGAGGAGGGCCCUAAGGGAAGUUCAAUUCAUGCGAAUGUCUUAGAGCUAUACUUAGCUUGGAUAGCUAGCCCUGGCAAUGCUAUUUCAAAACGUCGCGGUGACUUUGCCAUCGCAGCCAAGAUAAAUGCUUCUUCGCCUUGA